AUGAAGAUACUCCCUCCGGAAACCAUACGCGAGAUAUGCAAGUACUGCACAGGCUGGGAUGUUUGGGAAACAAGGAAAGCACUGGCGUCGCUGGCGAGAACGUCCAAAGCAUUCCGGGACGAAUCGUCAGACGAGCUCUGGGCUUCAGUCCCUGUAAAGGCUCUCUUUGAUGCUUUGCCGUCGCGUACGAUCUUGAAGAUAGGCAUAAGUGAUAAGGCGAUCGUUAAGUUCAAAAGCGAGCUGAUGACUGCCUCGGACUGGGAUAGUUUCUAUAGGCGCACUUUUAGCGUGCGCGAACUGUACCUAGACAACGCGGGAGGUGUCGAGAUUUGCAUACUAUCAUCGAUCUUCCCCUCGCAGUCCCACGUCGAGCAGGCUAUCCCUCGGCUCAUACGCCUCCACCUUCCUCGCAAAGACUACUACGGCCACAGUACCACCCCCUGGCUCAUACUUCAAGUGUUCUUAGUUCCCAAAUUGCAAUUUCUCAAGGUCAACUCCUUUGGUGAAAGUGGGUGGGACUUCAUAAAAGUAGUUCCUAAACGCUGCCCGGUACUCGAGUCCUUGGAUUUAUCUCAGCUACACGGGUGGCCGAAUGACGACAAGGCUGUAUUUUCAGAUAUGAUUCGGGAGUUAGAGAACCUCAAAUCAUACAAUGGCCCGAUUUUUCAGGAACGAUUUGGGCGAGGACUGUCGCUCUUACCUCGUCUUGAACACGUCUCCAUUGAAACACGAUUCGGUUUCGACAGGAGCCACUCAUUGGCCCUAGGCUCCCUUCCCUUUCCCGCUCUCUCUUCUAUCUCACUUAGCGUCGAUCCAUCUACCUACGGUAGACCUGGGAAUGCGAUAGAGCUCUUGAGAGCUAUCAGCAGCAAGCAUGGAGAACACGAGCGACGACCACUCUCAGCGUCGAUCCAAUUUGUAGAGCUGCCCCUUCUAGAGGACGUCAGAGAGUGCUGCUCUAUCCUCUCGUCCUACUCCCACUUCGACUUGCAAUCUAUCUCUCUUACCGCUCAGAUUGAUGACGAUAUCGAAGAUGAGGAUACCGAAGUUAGCGAGCUAGCACUCACGUUGAUCAGGCCACUCCUGCGUUCAGUCUUUCUCAGAAAAGCUAUCCUCAAUGUUACCCACCAGGUUUACUUCACGGACGCCGACGUCCAGGAGAUGGCGCGUGCAUGGCCGCAUCUGGAGAUACUCAAGUUCAACGAAGAAGCCUGUUGGAAUACUCAGCCAAAGAUCACGCUCGACGGGCUUCGCAGCCUGCUGAGCAACUGCACCCAGCUGUAUGAGCUAGCAAUCGCCAUCACCGUGCCUUGGUCCAAUUACAAUGGCGCUGAGCGACAACUCGGCACGCUAGACAGCACCUACGGCAUCGGUCACGCCAUGCUUGCAGCGUUUAAUCUCCUUGAUUCGGACAUAGAAGAUGAACUCUUCUUCUGCGUGGCUAUCGCUCAGCUCGCGCCGUACGUCAGGAUCUGCAUGCUCAACUCAGAGUUAGGGCGGAUAGGUCGUGCAGUCAAGGAUGCGCAGCGCUUGCCCUCCUGCGUAACGGGGCCUCGCAUCGACGAUUCUCUUGCAGCGUUUUUGGCUGACUGGGGCACCUCCGAAAGCGGCUCCGAGGAAGAGUGGUAG